UAGCUAUCAUUAAAUAAUUUCGCGAUGAUACAUUUCCUGACGCGUGCCUUAUCGUACGACUUCCUGUGCGUUGAAUAAAAAUUUGCGAUAUUGAAAUUCUUUACAACGGGAGGUACCGAGUUUAAGAACCGCAGUAAACGUUGAUAGAAUGGACGUUAAAGAGAUAUUUCUAUUGUUCGUUGCGGCGGUGUACGGAUACAAUAUAGACACAGACUUUCCACUUAUUUAUUUCCACGGAGACGCGUAUUCGACCAACAGUACUUACUUCGGUUACACGGUGUAUUUGUACCGCGAAUCGAGCAAAAAUGCAUCCUGGUUGAUAGUUGGGGCACCGCGAAGCAACUAUAUCACGGUCCCCGAACAUGGUAUCGUGUAUCGCUGUGAAAUUGGUGCUGAUGGAUGCGAGAAGAUUAAACCGAAAGAAAUCGUCAACGAAGAAGUCUACGUAGAGCAACUAAAGAUGAACGUUUAUAUAAAAAAACAACACGGUUGGUUUGGGAGUGCUAUGGCCAUGGAUAGAUCGAAUGGAUUUUUAACGGUAUGCGCGCCGCGGACGAUCCUGCACAUUUACAAUGCUUUCGAGAAGACCUAUUCCGACACCAUGCAGGGAAUGUGUUACAGUGGAAAUAUUACCUCGGAUGGCCUGUCGAUGGAGAACGAAGAUCUUGACUUUCACAAUUUCAACUCAAAAUUCUGGUACAAUCCGAUGCGUGGUUUUUCCAUUCAUUACGCCUCGACGAAGCCGAACGAAGACAAGGGAGAGAAUGAAGUAAGUCGAAUCAUUGGGAAUCCCAUGCACGAGCUUUGCGGCACUGUCGACAUAGUGCGCGCAAAGAAAAGAAUCAGCAUAGAGUUGCCAUUAAACGACGAGUUGUCCCAGUUCGGUCAUAGCGUUGAAUCUGGUUGCUUCUUCGACAGAAAUCAAGUCCUUUAUGUCAGUGGCGCCCCGGGUUGGCAAUACGUGGGCCAGGUAGCAAUACUUAAUCCAGCAAUGAAUUCAUCAAUUGUCGCGAAGCUACACGGUACCGAUACGGGUGAGUACUUUGGAGCAAGCUUGGCCGUGGGAGAUUUAAACAACGAUGGCUUGGACGAUCUUCUGGUUGGAGCACCCUAUUGGGGGCAAGACAACGGCAAAGUUUGCGUAUAUCUCGGCACUUUAAAGGGACAAUUUGAAGCGGCUAUAGUCUUACAAGGAGCCGCAAAAGAUGGACGCUUUGGAUACGCGAUAGCUAGCGGUGAUCUAGAUUCCGAUGGAUUCGAUGAUAUCAUCGUGGGCGCACCUUGGGAAGAAUCUGGAGUGAUUUAUAUAUACAACGGUGGUCCCGACCUGAAAUACAACAAAUUGCAAGCGUCAGUACGGAUUCAAGGAACGAGUCUAUUUCGAUUAAACGGUUUACCUAUAGAGAGAUUUGGGUUUUCGACAUCCAAGCCGAUCGACAUCGAUGGAAACGGGUAUUUAGACAUUCCAGUAGGCGCGUAUAAAUCGGGCUACGCUGUAAUACUUCGCAGUAAGCCAGUAAUAAAAACGGAGCUUUCAAUUCGCGUUAUACCAAACGUUUUGGAAAGGGACGCCAAGCAAUUCGUAAUUCGAAUAUGUCCACGGUACGAUGGGUACAAUAUGCAAAGCGCCCUAGUUACAAAAUGUAAAAUCACAGUCACCGUAGACGAACAGUUCCAGCGGACCAAGGAGACAUUUCUAGAGUUGACAUCCUGUAACUUAACAUCGGUCGUCUGUUUAGAAACACGAGUCAACAUUUCGGUAACGAUUGACCCUUGUAUCGAUAGUUGCAUCAAUUUUUUACUUAGGUAUACCGAUUCGACCCGAUACGCUUUACAGAAAAGUGUACGAGACUUUAUCGAGCCGAUUACUAUUUUCGCAAGGCACCAUUUCGUGUACAGUAAUGCAUCAUCCGGUAGUUUCUGCAAAUUUUGCGCAGUAGAAAGAAGCGAUAACAAGUUGAACGUUACUCAAAUUUUACUGCCUUUCAACAUCGGUUGCGGACCAGAUACAGUCUGCAACUCCAACGUGUCCGCCACUGCGAGAUUUCAUGGCGUGCGCGACAACGACGUGUGGAUCAUCGGUUCAACCGAUGUAAGCUUAGAAGUCAAUGUAAAGAAUCACGGAGAACCCUCGUAUCUCACCACGCUCGAGUUCGCGUUUCCCGAGGGAGUAAUAUUACAUUCAAUUUUAUCCUCUUGCCAAGAAGACACGUCUAAAGAGAAUCUAAUGGUAUUUUGCGAAGCAGGAAACCCUCUUUGGAAAGGAGAAGAGAAAAAUAUCACGCUCGACUUGGAUAUGAAGCAUUUAAUUAACGGCUCGUUGCACGGCCAUGAAUUAUAUUUCAACGUAACGAUUAAAACUCGUAGUACAAAUCAAGGAACAGUGAAUUUACGCAAGACGCUCAAUCUAGCGAGCGAAGUUUCUUUAUCUCUAAAUGGGUCCGUAUUUUUUACACAAUCCUCCUUGUCGAAUACUACAGCGUAUCUGUUUUCGAGAAAUUCCCCUUUUUUUUUUUCCAGUAAAGCAUACGAAGAAACGUAUCAUCUGUCUACUACAAACAAUAACGCUUCGAACGUCAGCUUUCAACAUACUUAUCAAGUGUACAAACUUGGAGCUACGCCUAUAGAGGAUGCUCGACUUGUCGUUAAGAUACCAACAGUUAUUAACAGUUCGGAAUCUUUGGUGCAUAUAUAUAAACCUCAGGUAAGAAAUAAUUAUGUCGGUUUAAAAACUUGCAGCUUCUGGCAACUUGGAAAAGUACAUUUUCAGCUUUAUGUAUCGGGAGAACGUUUCGAGUGCUUCUCAAAGAACAUUUUAGUAGAUAAUCAAUUGGUCGAAGUACAAAAAGAGCAACAGAGUGCAGAUCACGCGGCAUAUAAAAGAGAUGUAGACGAAUCAAGUUCCGAAUUGUACGACGCAGAGAAUAUUCGAGUCUCGCGGACUUCGAAUGAAAGUCUGACGACUGAUGUUCUAUAUAUGAAUUGCUCGACUUCUGACGUGAACUGCACGAUCGUCGUGUGCGAUUUGAACGCGUUAAAAACAUUAGACGACAUUGGAAAGCUAUCGGUCAAGCUUUUCUUAAACGUCGAAAGACUUAAAGAUAUUUCUGACAACAGCGAAGUCGUUCUAAAGUUUGGUACCGAAGCCACCGUGGAAAUAAUAAAACCUGGCGCGAGACUACCUAUUAAUGGAACUCGAUCUACGAUAGAAAUUGUGACGAUGUUCUACAACAGUUCGAAAACGGAAAAACUAUCGCUAUGGAUCAUUAUCGUUUCCGUUUCGAUAGGUCUUUUACUGUUGCUUGUUUUCGUCGCGAUUUUGACCAUGAUGGGCUUUUUCAAAAGGAAAAACAAAGAAGAUUUAUCGAAUAACAAGAACACCGAGGAGGAACCGAAGGAGGACACGGCUACAAGUAAAUCCGAAGAUAAAUGAUAUUUACGGAAGGUUUAGAAAUAUUUCAACGUAGCCGUCUAUCAGUUUCAACGUCUGUAAGAAAACUCCGUCGUAUUUAAUAAAGUUCUAUUUUUUAUUUACA